AAUACACAAAUUGUCUUAUUGCAAGUUAGUUUCUGUGUUUACUUUUACUAAUACAUAUAUGUAUGUGUUGCAUGUUGAAGUGAUGGGUCAGUGGUUAAAACAUUUGAUUUUCAGGUUCUAACUUCACUUCGCUUUUAGUUCGUUUUAAGCAAUUGAUUAGUGUCAAUAGCUCUCAUACUUACAUAUAGAAUAUUUUCCAAAGCUAAAUAAAUCAAUCUGUUUACCUGGUGAAUGAGUUGAAGAACAUUUGUAUAAUUAGAAUGAAAGCUAAUUUCAAUUAUUUUUUGUCAGCAGUAGCUUGAUUUGCUUAAUAAUUUUUACUAUUUACAUUGAAAGUAAAAUCUUUCCAUUAACGAAGUGUAGUAUGGGAUAGGGGAGUGGAGUGAGUGACUUAUUAAUCUGAACAAUUGUUUUUUUAACCGGUACAAUUCAAUCUUGAGUCUAAUAAACUUUCAUAGCCGACUAGUAUCAAGUAUCAUCAUAAAAACAAUGGUGGUACCUUUGCCAGCAGUCGCGGAGCGUAUGAACAAUCCGAAUAAUCCAGUCGUUUUCUUUGAUGUCACGAUUGGUGGACAGGAAAUCGGUCGAAUGCAAUUCGAAUUAUUUCAAGAUAUUGUCCCGAAAACUGUAGAGAAUUUUAGGCAAUUCUGUACAGGUGAAUACCGUAAAGAUGGUGUGCCAACUGGUUACAAGGGAACAUCAUUCCAUAGAAUCAUUAAAGAUUUCAUGGUACAAGGCGGGGAUUUCAUUAAUGGUGACGGAACCGGAUCGUUUAGUAUUUAUGGCGGUGUACAAUUUGCAGAUGAGAAUUUUGAAGUGAAACAUUGUACUUGUGGAAUGCUGUCUAUGGCAAAUAGUGGUCGGGAUACAAAUGGAUGCCAGUUCUUCAUUACUUGUGCCCCUUGUGACUUUCUCGAUGGGAAACAUGUGGUUUUCGGUCGAAUUGUCGAUGGGAUGUUAGUUUUGAAGAAAAUUGAAAAUGUGCCAACUGGUGCUAAUAAUCGUCCGAAAGUUCCUGUACUAAUAUCACAAUGUGGAGAAAUGUAAACAACUUGGAUAUGACCAUUUAUUGGAAUUAUUCAUUAUUAUUAUUAUUUUCAUCACUACACUUAUUUGUGUAUUGUACAAAGUAUAACAUUAAAUGUUGUUUUCUGUGUGUCAAAUCAUAAUGUUUUAAUUAAAUAUAAAUGAUUAUUUUG